CAACACACACACAGUCUCCGUCAUCACAGAGGCAAUCCUAGGCAAGCAGGCGGUGACACGACCUGGCAGCCUCCCACACCUGGCACUGGUCCCCCGCAACCACGUCAGCCCGCGUGUGCGUCCACCAUUGGCAGAGUGCAGGUGUGGCGGUGUGGCGAAGGUGUGCCAAUAAAACCAACAGGUGAGCUGUCACCGGGUGAGGGGAGGCGGCUCAGGACCAGAGGCAGGUAGUGUGUGCUGGGGUGAGGCUGUGCUGUGCUGUGCUGUGCUGUGCUGUGGAAGGCGACAUGAGGAGCUGGGGAGUGACAGUGGUGUGUGCGGUGAUUGUGGUGGUGGCGGGGUGCGUGCAAGGCCACACUCACCACCUGCACAACACACAUAAGGAGCGUGAGGCUGACGGGUCCAGGUCGCCGCGGGACCAUGCACACUACGAGGGCGGGGAACACCAUGUCGAGUUUGACCACGAAGCAAUCCUGGGCAGCACCAAGGAAGCGGAGGAGUACGACCAGCUGCCACCCGCUGAAGCCAAGCGGAGACUGGAGGUGCUGCUGCUUAAGAUGGACCGCAACAAUGACAAGACCAUCGACCGCAAGGAACUCCACUCCUGGAUCCUGCGCUCUUUCAGGAUGCUGUCGGAGGAGGAGAGUGCCGAGCGGAUGGAUGAGGUGGAUGAGGAUGAGGAUGGAUACGUGACCUGGGCCGAGUACAUCUCAGAGACAUACGGCAUCAAUGACCCUGACGACCAGAAGCUGCUGGAGAAGGAGGACCAGGCAGAGGAGCAGAGGCUGCUGCGGGAGGACCGACAGCUGUUCAACACGGCAGACAAGAACAUCGACGGCAGGCUGGACGAGGAGGAGUUCCUUGCCUUCUCACACCCCGAGGAGCACCCUGACAUGCUGCCGGUCAUCCUGGAGCAGACCCUGGAGGAGAAGGACACCAACAAGGACGGCAACAUUGAUUUCCAGGAGUACAUCGGCGACAAAGACGUGGCCAUUGAGGAUUACAAGGAAGGGAUGGAGAAGCGGGAAGCAGUCAAGAAGUAUCACAUGAGGUUCUCUGAGAUGGACCUGGAUGGCUCGGGGGUGUUGGAGAGGAGUGAGGCAGCUGCUCUGGGGAAUGUGAGCAAGGACAUAGCCGAGGACGAGGUGGACCACCUGUUUGCUGCGGCAGACGACGACGGGGACGACCUGCUGUCCUUCCUGGAGGUGCUGGAGCACCACGACGUCUUUGUUGGCUCAGAGGCGACGGAUUACGGCGACCACCUCCACAACCUGGACCGCUUUGAAGAUGAGUUGUGAGGGGCAGCAGAGUGUGUGGCAUUGAGGGGCUGGUCAGGGAAUGCUAGGGAUUUUUUUCAUCCCUUACCAAGCGCAUUAAUUUCCACUCCCACCAGACUUCCUUCCUGUCCUUGCUCUUUUGUAUUUUUGGAUCUUGGGGAAGGUGUGUCUCCUGGCUCACUGCAAUCCCUGCUUGUUUCUUUCUUCCUAUUUCAUGGUUCUCAUGUUUUUGAGUAAGAAAAGUUGCAGGAUUGACUAGUUUGUGACUUAGUGUAGAGGAAGAGGUGGUGGGGAGGUGUGUGUGUGUGUGUGCAUUAAGAGAGAUGGAAUGUGGCAGGGAGGUGUGUGUGUGUGUAGACAGUUGUGGUGGGGAGGUGUGCCUACCAUCAUGCCAGUGUUGGAGGCAGUCAUUCUGGCCUUAGAUGCUGUAUGUUCCCUAACACUGCAUUUGUGUGGGUUCAUGUGGCUGUGUUACUGUUUCUGCCACAUAGUCUCAGGUAUUGUGGCUGUCACAUCAUUGGCUACACCACCUAGGAGAACAGUAAAGAAACAGAACGGCAGAAAUUUUCCUUUAUUUGUAGAGACGAGAUUAUUUCCUUCUCCACUGGUUCACUUCCUCUUCCUCCAUCACUCAGUCGUCCUUUUUGCAGCAUAGUGUUUGGUACGAGUAUGGUGUUAGACAAGGUUGAGAAGGAUUCAUCUUUCCUUCCACCCACUCAGCUUCCUGUGUCUUGUUCACCACACCUGGAGGUGAGAACACACACCACUACUAUGUUCACUGUGCACACCAAGAGUAGUAGUAGUUGUAGUGGUGGUAGCUGUGGAGAGAGAGAGAGAGAGAGAGAGAGAGAAUGUAUGUGGAGGGUGGGGUGUGUGAACUAUGGAGUUUGUCAACAUACUGUGUGAGAGAGAGAGAGAGAGAGAGAGAGAGAGAGAGAGAGAGAGAGAGAGAGAGAGAGAGAAUGUGGAGGAUGGGGUGUGUCAACAUACUGUGGAUCUGUGGUCUGAACUGAGAGAGAGAGAGAGAGAGAGCGCUGUCUGUGCAUGUAUAGAAGCAUGUCCCUUUCCCCAAUCCCUGUCACUGAAUGCUGUCUUCAGUGUUGCAUAUGUGGUGUUCCUUGCCACACCACACACCUGCACUCCCCACCACACCUCUCCUGCACCUCCCAGUCUUCCUCCACAUCACUAUUUUCUUCCUUCCCUGCAUCAUUGAGUCAGUUCUGGCAGUGUGUCAUGUCUUGGCAUUCUCUCACUUGUGUCUGCUUGGUGGAGUCACUUUCUGGAAGAGCAAAGCAUAAAUAUGAAGUAUUGUACGUAUUGGAAGUAAUAAAUGCACACCUGAACAUCCCUGAUAACAUCCAUUAACAUUACAGUGCUGCUUUUGUGUCAUCUUGGUAUGAAAAUGUUUAUGAAUUGUGGGUAACUUUAACAUUCAAGAGCCUGUGGAAUUUACAAUAAUGGAUGAAGGAUCCUCAUCUUAUUCUCCUUUACAUCUUUCCAUCCAUCAUUCACCUAAACUUUACCACCUCCAGUUUGUCUUGCUGUCACCAUCUCAGCCACUCCCAGCUCUCCCUCCACCAGGCAGCAGUCAAGCAUGCCCCCUCAAGACUUGCAUCCAUCUCUCACCACCAGACCCAAGUGCACCCACAACUCUCGUCCAGAUGUCACUCAUCCAGAUCACUCCUCAAACAUCCAGAUCACUCCUCUGCUCUUAAAACUUGAAAUCCUCCAUUCACUCUUCUAAAAUCAUUCCCUCUUGUGUUUGUUUCAUGCAAAACUAACAUAUCCACUUAACUUUAUGCUGACAUUCUUCUGAUCUCCCUUUUAAAUUCAGUUGUAUCGUGUGUAUCCCUUGACACAGCCAGGACGGUUUGGAGUGAAAUGACUUCCCUCCUCCUCUUGAUCAAAAUAGAUAAGAUGAUAAGGUCUGAAAUGUGAAAGUGUAGCACGUAGCAGGAGCAGCCACAGCCGAGGGCAGGCCGUGUCUCGCCAUCCCCCUUGUGAGACGGGGAGUUGUGGGAGGUAUGGUGCCUCACUGGCGGGGAACACUGGUGGGUCUCUUGAGGCUGUGGCUGUGCACCACUCCAGGGUGAGGUUCACUGAGAAAGGAAACAGUCUUGUGUUACCAAAACAUGAACAUGUAUUAUAGCCUUUGUUAGCCCAUCACCCUGCAUGCAUGGUGCAUCCAGUAACCCUUGCUGUGUUACCCCUACCAGUGUACACAAUGGAAAAUUUUAUUACUUAAUUUAACCAUUUAGAUUUUAUUUGUAUUUUUCAUAACAUAUUUUGUUAGUUACAUUUUUUUUGUGCAUUAAGUAAUGGCAAUUAUAUUUAAGUUUUCUUACUUAACAUGUUAUUUAUUGUAUUUCUAGGUUUUGUCAGAUAUUUCAGUGUUUGACAUAUAAAACAAACUGAAGUAAUUACUUUCUAUUUUAACCUGUCCUUUAUAGAUGAUAGCCAAUCAAAGCACUGGUAAUGUGCUCGUGAUAUCCAUUAGUGUACUACACCUCCUGUCCGGAUAUUAGAAAAUUAGCAUCUUGAGACACUCUAACAUGAGUGAGUCGAGAGAAGCAACACGGUGUCACCUUGGAUGCUGUGAGCCACUGCUGUGGAGUGAGGUGUCUCAUUAUUCAUAAGCUGAGGUUAGAAAUACAGUAGCAAGCUGCAUGAAGGAGUGAAGAGAGAGACGGAGGAACAGUAAAUGGAGUGAGUAGGCAGUGAGUGGUAGUGAGGGUAAGAGGAUGGCCCUGUGUACCAGCCAUCACUUCUUACUCUGCACACACACCACUGCACACACCAACCUUGUCAUUUCUUGAUCCUCACUCAGUUCAAACAGACUGGAAUACUUACAAACCAUGGCUAUUUUUGUCCACCCACUGCAGUAAACUUGCUGUUAAGUCUUGGCUGCCCUGCUCCCUUGAGGAACUCUGUGGUCAUGGCAGGAAUGUCACCAGGAAAUCUUCAACUAGCAGGACACAUCUAAACCAAACCACAAAUGUCCUUCCUGUUCCUCUCUUCUGCAUCUUGUCUUUCAUCUUUGUCAGUACAUCAAUCCCACAAAAUUAAGAUCUGUAGCCUCAUGAAGGACAUUACUGUAUCUGACAUAACAACACAAACUAUGCAUCUACCAAAUUCUCAUGCUAUUCAGAACCCCAAUGUAUAAAACUGAUAAAAGUAACAAAAUACUGUACAACAAAUAGUUAAUUUUCAUACCAAGCUUUGUGGUUUGUCAUACAAGUUGCAGCUAAGAAUACAGAAGGUCUGGCAGGCUCACCUCCUCUCUCUGGAUAUGAACUGUACAGAUGUCCAACAUAAAACACAGUUCCUGAGUGAGUGGCCCUCAUGACAGCUCUUCCUCUAUACAUGUGCAGGUCACCAAUGUCAAUAGCUUUAGUCUGAUGAACAUUGUGCAGCACCUUGAUGGAACAUUUGCAGCUAUUAUGAAAAUAUAUUGGUAGGGAGAAAUGGGAAAGCUAAUUAACUUCAAUAGUGCACUAAACCAAUGAGAUACAACUGACAAUCAACUCUGCUAAAAAGUAAUUCAAAGGUUAACAUUACAUUGACUGAGGUGAGUCUUGGCUAUCUCCUCUUGGCCUCUCACUGAGCACUGCCACAGCCUGCCACUUGCCACUCGUGUCCUGAGCUCCACCACCGCCUCACACUUUGCUUCCCCACCAGGUGGUGCUGCAGACUGUACUGUACAUAGGGACUUUUUGAUGCAUUACUUUUUAGUGAGCUCAUUUUUAUUUUUAAUGUGAAGAACGUAGGUUUAAGUGUUCCAAGGAAAGAGAUCGUAGAGGAGAGAGAUAAUUAUGAGUAUGUUUUAUGUUUAACAAUGUGAUGAGGGCAGAUGUAAGUAUUGAUAUUGAUUACUGUGCUGUAAAAGGAGUCCAGUAACUGCAUGUAUGUAAACAGCAUACUCAACAAAGUACAACCAUUUGCACAUUUAUAAUAAAAAAAAAACUCAUAGGAAGAAAACAAUUGUAUAUGUAAAGAACAUCACAUUAAGAAAGAUUUUUCAUGACGAUUCAAAAGGUGAACUCAGCAGUGAACACUGAAGGUGAAGUGAGUCACCACGUUGACCAAAGCACGAAGAAAGAUGUCGGCACAUCAGGCAGUUACAUUAUAAACCAUCCCAAGGGCAUUACUUUCAAGAUUAAUCUCAAUUCUAUGCAAAUUCUACAUCCCUCAUGUGAAUUAUAUUUAAUAUACAAACUGUUCAUUCAUGGCUGACAGAUGAUCACUUCAUUUAACAAACACUUCAGAAAAAGAACUUUUAUGGUGUAAAAUUCUGCCUUCUUGCACUUAAUCUGCCCUCAAUGAGACCUGGACUGAUAUUAGCCAUGUAUAUGUUAAUCUAGUUAUGUGUGAGUUGAAUACAAUCGUAGUUUGUAAA